AUCGGAAUUCGGAUAUAUACGAAGAACUGUUUUCCCCAGUUUGGCAAUUCUUUCACCUAACUAUAACGUAAACUGUAGUAUUAGUUUGCUCGCACAUUUGUAUUGCAAUUAAUGUGGCUGGACUUAAGAAACUUACACCGUAAACAUUAAACCAAACUCUAAAACUUCGUCAGCCAUGUUUAAAGCUAACGAGUUGAACUGCUUCUAGGGGCUGUAUGGCAGUGAAAAUAGCGGCAAAUAUUCUUGUCGAAUUUUUUUCAUUACAAUUUGCCUGUUUUUUCCUGUUAUCGAGCCGCGAAUCGUAGCAGAAGAUUAACUGUAGCAUAAUUAUGCCGAAACCUACCACAUUUUAAAUUAUAAGCGGUUUUAAUGCAGAUUUCGGUUACGUGCUCAGGUUACUGUUUAUCUUGACAACAAUUUAAAAACUGUUGAGUUACUUAUCAGGAAAGAGUCGUUAAAAUGGAUUCCAAGGAUUGGGCACAGAUGCCUGUUUGUACAGCUAUGGAUACUUUAUCCUCAGCUCUCAAAAGUAACAUCAUUCCCAAUCAAGAAUAUCUUCUCCAGGGCAGUGUCUUAGAUUCGGCUGUGGAAGUUCUGUUGCAUCGCCUGAGAGGACUUUGUGACAAUGUGGACACAGGACCGGAGACAUUUCACGAUCAUGAAAUGUGUUUCAGUAUAUUAAAUGUAGAAAGUGGUACAAGUCCUCAACCCUUGCUGUUAAGAGUAAGACGAGCAUUGGAUUACCAGGAUAUGCCCUGGCAACUUAGAUAUAUCGGGCAGCCAGAAGGAACAGGAGAUAAAUCACGCCCAACGAUAGUCAGAAGUAGUAUUGACAUCGGUACCACAUCUGCAGUUGUAGAUUUCCUCACAGAAAUGGGUUGCAGAAUGGACUUUGAAUAUAUUGUCAGAGGAUACAUGUUCCGCAAAGGCCGUAUGAAAAUUACUGUAUCAAAAAUAUUUAAGAUGGGCCAAGGUAAGCCACCAGAAAGCGUUGAACCGAUAUCUCAGUCAUAUUUGGUCGAGCUCAGUGUUCUUGCUCCAAGUGGUCAAGAUGCCAUUGCCGAAGAUAUGAAAAGUUUUGCCGAUCAGUUAAGGCCGUUAGUCAUUCUUGAUAAAGUAGAUUAUAAACGUUUACCAAUGCCUAUAGGUUAGGCAUCUGAUAUAUUUUAUCAAAAUAUGCUCUUGAAUAACAUUGUAAAUAAAUUACUAGCUUGAGGAAAACAUUUAAAGACUGAAUAGUUUCUGAAUUCUUUAUAUUUAUUUAUACGAUGUAGUGUGAAACAUCCAAAAAUGUAUAGUCUUUAAAUAUAUAUAUCAUCGUUUUAUUGGGAAAAAGUCACUAAGUACAUUUUUAUGAAUUAUGGCCUUAUUUACUGAUACAAAAACACAUUGUUGCACAAAAACGACACCAAUCCUUUUAUACGUAUUAAAUAUUUAUACCCGCUUUACUAUGAUUUUAUUUCACUGACGGAAAAUCCAUCAAAGUAAUUUGCCAAUUCCUUCUGCCUUGGCAAAAUCCAAAACCAUCUUAUAUUUAUAAAUAUUAUUCAAAACAUGAAAGUGUUUAAUCAACUGAUACUUUUGAGUUACCUGGUUGCCACGGACUGCUAUCCACCAUUAUUUAUAACCUAAACACUGAUAAUACCUACCUUCUUAUUCAUAUUUAUGGAAAUUAAAAGAAAGAUAACAAUAAAAUAAAGAAGAAGAAGAAACAAUAAAAUAGAAAGAAAGAUAACAAGAAAAGAAAAUAAAAAAAACAAUAAUAAAACACUUUUAUUUUACAUUUUAAAUACACUCUAAUAGAUUUGUGGCUUUCUCUCUUUUAUUUUUAUAACAAAACACUCAUCAGUUUCCCGAAUAAACAUCUAUUCUUCAAGAAGCACUCCCUACAUGAUUUUUUAUUCUAGAAAAGACUUUCGUCUGUCAGGCCCUCCAAUUUUUUUAGUUGGCCUAUAUGUUAUAAAGGUAAUUCUUAACCCCUCUGACCAUGUUCCUUUUCUUAUAAAGUUUUUUUCCUGCAACUUUGACGAAAACUUUUCCAUUUGGUCUUUUUUUCAAAUUCCAUUUUAUGACUUUCUUCACACGAUUUCAUUUUUUAAAUUAUUCCAAACUUCGAAAGUAUUUCACAGCUUCUUCUUCCAAAGAGGGCAAAUGCCAAAGUGUUAUUAUAUCCACUUUAAUAAGAAAAUAACAAAACAAAAUACUAAAAACUAUUGAAUAACACACAUAUAAUUAAGCAGAGAUUAGUGAUAAGAAGGUAGGUUCUGCGGCGACCAGCUAAAUCCCUAGUACCAAUAAAAUUAAUCAUUUAAGUGAAAAAAAACAAAAAACAAUGCUUCAAGAACUUAAAAACACUUUCUUAACAAAGUAUGUUUUAACUGUUUCAAUAAGAUAUUUUAUAUUUAAUUAUUAUAAUUAUAGUGAAAUCAUAUUUUUAAGUUAAGCAGUUAUCUGAACCUUGAUGUUUUAUCUGCUUAAACAAACAUGUACAAAAUAUAGCGUGAAGCUUUAAAAACCAUUUCUUUGUGUUUAAUUUGUAUCUUAAUAUACCGCAUGCUAUAAGACUUCAUAAGUCAUUACAAAAUCCACUUAACACUUGCAAAAUUUAACUGAAGAAUAUAAAAAAAAAAUAAUAUAGAAAGACAAGAAUAUUAAUAUGACGAGUAGUUUUAAAUUUAUAUAAAGUUUUCACUUAAUAGAGAUUUUCAUAUAAUCUCUGUUUUAUUUGUUUCCAGUAAAUGGUUGCAAUGUUUUCUUUUUAACUUGUUAAUAUUCAGCAUUCAGGUAUUUGGUUUAAAUUUUAAAGUGGCAUUAGCACAUUGCAGGAAUGUGUUUUUUUUUAUUUUCUUAAAGCAGUAUGUAUUUGUAUAUAUUUUUAUUAUUUGUAAUUAUUAUUCAUUUUAAAGUUUAUCAUUGUUUUAGGCUGUGAAAAUAAACUUGUUUUAUAAUUUAAUUUUGUUUAAUUUCUUCCACUACCAAAC